AUCAGUUAUUUGUUUAUUUCAGAGGUUGCACUCCUUCAAAGAGAUUGCCAAAUUGAUUCUCGAUUCUUCAAGGUUCAAUAUGUUGCAUUCCAAGCCGAGAUUGAUUUCAGUCUUCUAACAAAUCUAAAAAACAAGUAAAUCAGAGAACCGGAAGUUGUGUUUUUCAAUGAGUGCAUUGAUGGCCCUCUCUCAGUGGUCCAUGGUGCCUGUAUUGCUGCUAGCCGUCUUGUUCUACUUAACUCCUACAGAGGGAUGCAAUGAGGCCAUAUGCGCCAGUGUUGUCUCUAAGUGUAUGUUACUGAAGUCCUGUGAAUGUGAGAUGUUAGAUAAAGGCAACUGUUCAUGCUGCACCGAUUGUCACCAGUGCUUGGCUGAUUAUUACAUGGAUUGCUGUGAUUGUGUUGGAAUGUGUGCCCCUCCAGACCCUAAUGAGAACAUGUACAAGACCAGUUCCAUUGAGGACCUUAGUGACCCGAUACCAGAGCUCUUCAAUGUGCUAACACAGGAACCAGAUGCUCUCUUCCGUUGGACCUCAUAUUCAUAUCCUGUACACGAGGAUGUUUUGUUUUUCAAGCCAGGGAUGGAUUUUGCUGUCACAGUUGAUAAACAGAACAAGUUGCAUAAAGUGAGGCACCACCACCAGACUAACCUGAACUUUGAGAAACUGGAGGACAUGAAUUGCACCGUCGCCUUCAUGUCACAGUGCAUGUCUCUAAACAAGUGUAAAUCCUCGUGUAAAUCAAUGGGAUCUGCGCGAUAUCGUUGGUUCCACGACCAUGGCUGUUGUCAAUGUGUUGGAACCACAUGUGUUGAUUACGGAAAGAAGAAGCCGCUUUGCCUCAAAUGUCCUCUUCCCCCUGGUGAGGAAGAAAACAACUACGAUUAUCAGCCCCCUCGAACAGAUUAUGUUGAGGAAAAUGAAAUUGAUGAUUCAGAGUAAUUAUGUCAGUAUGAUAUCUCACCAAAAUCAAACCCAAACUCAAAGACAGCAGUGUAUGUACUUGAAUACAGAACAAAUACUUAAAUCUCAAGGCCAAGAAUACUCAAAAGACAGCAGUGUAUGUACUUG